GGAGCGGCGCCGCGGCCGGUUGCCAUGGACACGGGCAGCUACAACUCCGUGAAUGGCUUCGCGGUUUCACCCCGUGAAAUUUCAACCCGAGGACUGCUCCCUGGAUUAGGUGGAUUCGUGUAUACACAUUGAUUCAGCCGACGGUUCACCUUCGCUUUGCUGCUUUGACUGGCUGUGGUGGAAAAAAAAAAAAAAGAAAAGAAAGAAAGAAAAAGGGGACGCCUCCCUGGGAGCUCGCCAGCCUUAAUUGCCAUUCGCUGCAAGAAAAAGACUACGUUUACCGAAAAAAUAAACAAGGAAGAGAUCAAGAAUGACCGACUGUGACUGGGACAAGAAAAAUACUUCAGCUUCAAACUCAGACACAGAGAUGAAAUCUGAGCAAACGCCUCCUUGUGUAAACCCUGGCAAUCCUGUGUUUUCAUGUAUGUUGGACCCAAAGACACUCAGUACGGCUACCUCACUAUCCAAACCAAAGAUGAUUAUGUAUAAAACCAAUUCAAGUAAUUAUGGUGAAUUUUUACCUAUGCCACAGUUCUUUCCCUGCAAUUAUACUCCAAAGGAACAAAUAUUUUCAAGCCAUAUCAGAGCCACUGGAUUAUAUCAAAAUAACACUCUAAAUACUGCACCUGACAGAAGCAGAACCCUUGAUUUUCCCAAUUUCCAGCACACUCUAUGAAAAUAUAUCCCUUUGUACAUUUAAGAGAAAAUAUAGCCAUGAAAAUGAGCUUUAAAUAUCUAAGGCUAUAGUACCUAAUUUGGAAAAUAAAAGGAUUUGAUUUAAUUUAAGAAAAAAAACACCUUUAAGAAAUAAAGUAUUUCAACUGA